UUAAGUAGUCGCUUACAACAAAUUAUUUUAUAAUCGGAAUUAACUGUAAAAUAGUUAAAAAGUGCCUCGACGUAGCUUAAUUUGUUUCCUGUUUAUUGGGGAUUUAGACCUCCUCUUCCUCCAUUCUCUAAUGCCAACAACAACAGCCGUCGAAGAGACCAGGAGAGUGCACUCGGUCCUGAACACUGACUGAAAGAGGAAAAUCAUUUUAACCUGAAGCUCAACUCUUUUCGGUCCUUUGGGAUCAUGGCUAAAGAUGUUGGUCUACUUGAAACAAAUGGAGAACUGAAGGUGUUUAUCGAUCAGAAUCUGAGCCCUAGCAAAGGUGUCCUAUCCUUGGUUACUGUCCAGCCUACAGCUGCCCCUGUGGCGAAACAGCUACUACCCAAAACCCUCGGGCCUUCCAAUGUCAAUGUUACUGCACACAUGCAACAUGUGCCACACAUGGUGAUUGGAACACCCCAGAGGCCCACAGUUUCAAAUACAAUUUUGGUAAACAGCCCACACACACCCAGCUCCCAAUUCCUCACCCAGAGUCAACCUGCCGAUGCCUCUCCUUGGUCGUCAGGAAAGCGUGGUAAAAAAGGGGAAAAGAAUGGGAAAGGUUUGAGGCAUUUCUCGAUGAAAGUGUGCGAGAAGGUGCAGAAGAAGGGCGUUACUACCUACAAUGAAGUUGCAGAUGAACUGGUUGCAGAAUUCAGCUCUUCAGACAACCACAUGUCACCGAAUGACUCACAUGUGUAUGACCAGAAGAACAUUAGGCGGCGUGUCUAUGAUGCACUGAACGUGCUCAUGGCCAUGAACAUUAUCUCAAAAGAGAAAAAAGAAAUCAAGUGGAUCGGCCUGCCCACCAACUCAGCACAGGAGUGCCAAAACUUAGAGGUGGAGAGACAAAGGCGGCUGGAGAGGAUUAAGCAGAAACAAUCGCAGCUGCAGGAGCUCAUAUUGCAGCAAAUAGCUUUCAAGAACCUGGUUCAGCGGAACAGACAGACAGAGCAGCAAGCAAACAGACCUCCGCCCCCCAACUCCAUCAUCCACCUUCCUUUCAUUAUUGUCAACACCAGCAAGAAAACUGUCAUCGACUGCAGCAUCUCCAAUGACAAGUUCGAAUAUUUGUUCAAUUUCGACAGCAUGUUUGAGAUCCACGAUGACAUCGAGGUGCUGAAACGCAUGGGCAUGGCCUGUGGUUUGGAGGUGGGGAAAUGUUCUCCAGAGGAUCUGAAGGUUGCACGUAGCCUGGUGCCCAAAGCUCUGGAGCCUUACGUUAUAGAAAUGGCAAAAGGCCCCAUCAGUAAUGUCUACUUAACUGGAGGAUCCUCUGCUAAUGGAGCCCGUUACCCAGCAAGCAGUGACGGUUGCACUGACGGCACCAUGGCCUCCAGCUCAAAUGACUCUCACUACAGCGGGUCCCGAGUGGAAACCCCAGUGUCUUACAUGGGCGACGACGACGACGAAGACGAGUACGACGAGAACGACGACGAAGACUAAGCUACCUACGCCUCGCCACUCCAACAAGCACAGUCCUUCAAAAAAACAAAAAAAAAAAAACCUUCACCGUGGGAAUUUAGUCCACUUUUGUGUGUGCUUCUCCAACCUUUACCCCUGUUUCCCCCCCCCCCAUGCCUGUAUUUCUGUCUGGCUUUCUCAGGGGUGUAGUUGAAUAUUGAAAGAACAGAGGUGUUUGUGGCACCCAUCUUUUUUCUGCUUCUGAAUCACAUGCACCUGCACCACAGCUCAGUGGGAGGUGUCGUCCAAGGGAACUGUAGUCUUUGGCCCUGCCACCUGAAGUCUUUGUAUCUCUAAUCCACUUUUCAAUAAGCCAUCCCACUAAAAACUUACUGCUGUUGGAGAAUGUAUAAUGUACUUGUUUGAAUAGUUUUUUUUUUUCUUGUUAUUUUGCAACAUAUGGCAGACGUGAUGAUGACGAUGAUCAAAAUGUUCCGAGACGGCCAAAGUGUCUUCUUUAACAUGCUGUGUUUAGUACAACACCAUGGAUUGGCCGAAACUGUUGCUAUGGCAUCCCAGGAUGGGGCUCCAUCAAAUGUGUUGAUACUUCUUUGUUUUGUGUUCUGGGCAAUUAUUUGAAAUAGUUUCUUAUCCCCCAUUGUGUUGGGCCGGCUUCCUUCUGUUCUGUAGGCAGCUGCUUUCCUGAUCUCAUUUUGCUAGUUUUGUUUCUCUGGAGUUGAGGAAUUCUCCACCACCGCCCUGUUAACGCCUUGGUAGUGUUUACAAAAUAAUGGCAGCAGCAAGGUAAAGACUUUUCAUAACCCAGGCUCCUGAUAGGUAAAUAAGCUUUGUUUGUUAAUUACGUAUAUGAAUCCUACAACGAUUGUAGCUUAUAGUAUCCUUUUAGAGGCCAGUGGUAAAGAUAGACCUUCAAAAAGACAAAAAAAGAUUGAUGUAACGAAAUGUGUGGUUGUAUAGGUCUUUAUGUACUCCCUUCAAAGAUCUCCCUUUUAAAACUGAGCAACACAUGUACUGACUCUUCCAAAUACCUUUUUCUGUAAUCUAAUAUAAGUUUGCAAAUUAAAUAUAGAUUGUUUUAAUACA